GUUGCUAGGUUGGAAGCAGAGUUACAUGCUAAGAACCAGGCAUUCCAUGUUCUGGAGGAGAAGUUGAGAACCCAAGAUAAUUAUGAGGAUGUCAAAAGAGAACUGAGGUUGCUCAGGUCAACAGAGUUUGCUGAUGCUUACGAGGAAAGUCCUUGUGGUGACAGGAAAUCCCUGGAGGUUCUGCUGCUGGAGAAACCCAAGUUACUCACCACAGACAGGGCUCAUCUGAAACUGAUCAGCUCUUGCUUGUCAU